AUGUCCCUGGAAGAAUUCAUCGGGGCCGCAAAGGAGGGCGACAUCGAGGCGCUCCGGGAUUUUUGCGAGACGCAGGCGCACGACUCCUUACGGCAAUUCUUCGGCCGUUUCGACGAACAAAAGCAGCCAUUGGUCUUGGCAGCGCGCGGAGGCCAAUUGGAUGUCGUCAAAUUUUUGGUAUCCGUUGGGGACGACCCGUCGUGUCAGGGCACUGUAGAUUUUGAUGGAGAGACAAUCCAUGGAGCACCUCCGCUUUGGGCAGCAGCGGCGGCUGGUUUUAUGGACAUCGUAAAGUAUCUCGUUGAAGAGGCGAAGGUCGACAUUAACCAGACAACUCACACGAAUAGCACUCCACUACGAGGCGCUUGCUACGAUGGUCAUAUCGAAAUUGUGAAAUACCUCAUCGAGAAUGGAGCGAAUUUUGAAAUUGCUAACCGACACGGCCACACCCCGCUGAUGAUCGCCUCUUAUCGGAAGAAGAAAGACGUUGUCGAAUACUUGCUGAGCAAAGGCGCAAAUCCGUUGGCUGCUAGCCGCAAGGGAAAUACGGCUCUCCACGAUGCGGCUGAGGCUUCUGCCGAGGACAUUUGUGAACUACUGUUGCAGGCCGGUGCCAAGCUGGCUACGGACGAGAUCGGCGUCUGCCCCUUGAUCAGCGCCGCGUUGCUGGGGCACGAGGAGGUUGUGAACGUUCUGCUACCGCACUGUGAUUCGCGCAGACGGCGACGUGAUGCCGUCAAGCUCUUGGGAGCGACCUUUAUCGACAAACGCAGCGACUCGGCCAAAGCACUGCAGGCAUGGGCGUUGGCAUUGUCGAUCGAUCUUGGAGACGAGGAGGAAGCAGAGGUGAGGACGGGGACAAAAGAC